AUGGGAACUAAGCUCUUCGUUAUAUCAUUUAAAGUGUUGGAUUGCUGUUCAGUGUAGCACAGCUGCGGACAUCUCCCACACCAGUCAUCUAUGGGCCAUGUGCGGGGGAACAACAACUACAGGAUGCCCAUGUCUCCUUCUGCCAGCACUCUGCUGUGUCUUCUCAUCAGAUUUACAACAACAGAUCCUGUGCUCAGUGAGGGAUCCUUCAGAUUCACUCAUCCUAUUCAAAACAUUGCAACUGGGAGGGAACACGUUGUAGUAGCCACAGAAGACAAUCUGCAUCUCUUUAAUCAUAGGCUUGAUAUUGAGGCAUUAAGACAUCCAGGGUCACACGAUGGAAGAAACAGAAGCUGUGAAGAAAAAGAAGACGCGUCACAGGUGUACUAUAACAAAAUUUUACUUGUGUAUAAUGAUAUUGUACUCAGUUGCUGGAAUAAAAAUUCAGGGGCGUGCAGGGAGUACAGUGUCAAUAACCUGACUCUUCUUAAAGGAUACGGUGAUGAAAUUGUAUCAUGUAACCCCGAGCAUACUGCUGCAGGCUUCAUUUUCCAAAAAGCCAACAAGAUCUACUUUGUAACUGCUGCACCUUCCAAAAGGGAAACAUCUGGAACAAGAACAGUGGUAAUAAGAGAGAAGGGUGAUGGUGACAUAUUUACAUAUAAAGACAAGGUUGAACUCAAGACUGUGUCAACUGUUCUAAACAUUGUUGAUGCAUUUGAAUGGAAGGGGAAGUUUAUAUUUCCAUAUUACCCAUCUAAUGAAAUGAAGGCAAGACUGGUAGUUCUGGAUUGUGAGGAUUCAAGUCUUUCAUUUAAUUCUCAGUAUAAUCUGACAUGUGGGACAGAGACGCAGAGAGGGGUGAUUUUGUCUUCGUUUGCAUUCGCCAGCUCUGGGAGUUUCUUCUGGGCUGGAAUUUUUAGCACAAACAAUAGUGCAUCUCUCGAUAAGACAGCUCUUUGCAUCUACAACAUCACUUUGCUGGAGAACAGAUCCAAAGGUUGCAUCUAUACGGACUUUAAUGUUAAUAAUGAUUUCACCUGUGAAAAUUAUGAUAAUCCUUUGCCAAUACAUUCUAAACCAACAAUUAGCCAUGGAGACUUGACUUCAGUAUAUGUAAUGGAAGUACAGAAGACAUUGGUUCUGUUUCUUGGAACUGGAAAUGGGCAGUUGCUUAAGGUUACUUUGGAUUCAAACUAUACAGCAAGCUGUCCAGAAGUUUUACAUGAAUUUGAGGAUGAAGCUGCGGUCUUCAAAACAAUGCACCUGGAUCCUGUUAACGAUACUUACCUGUAUGUAGCCACUGUGAAUGAGAUUAAACGUGUGAGAAUUGCAAAAUGUGAACAAUAUCAAUCCUGCAAUGAAUGUUUGACUGCAGCUGAUCCACACUGCGGGUGGUGCCAAUUAGAGAAAAGGUGUACCAUGAAGGCAGAAUGUUCAACAUCUACUUUAUUGGAAAAUUGGAUUGAGAAGUCAGAGGAAUAUGGAAAAUGUUUUGGAAUCCAUGUUAUUUCAGCGGAUAAGAACCAGAUCACAAUAAGCCUCAAGAAAAAUCCUUCAUUACUUGGUAGAAAUAGUAAUUGGAGUUGUGAAUUUCAAAAGGAGGACACUAGGGAAGUUCUUUGCAAAGGAACUGCUGGCCAACGGUCCUUGAACUGCUCCUGUCCAUUUAAAACUGUCCAGUCAUCUGAUAGAGAUGUAUUGACUGCUAAAGCAGCAAGCACACAUCUAGAGAUGUUAGAACAUUUCCAGUUUAAUAAUUGCUCUCAGUAUUCACAGUCCAGUUGCUUGGAGUGUAUAUCAAAUGGAUGUCUGUAUUGCAUUAGUGAAUCUAAAUGCAAAUCUCCCCUGACUCCAUGUGCUGCUAAAGCAGAUGAGACUGAUUGCAAAACCAUAGAGCAUACGGCAGCCAUUGGACCAUCAUGUGGUGUCAAGAUUCAAUCAGUAUACCCUUACAGGAUAACCUAUGCCGGAAAAAGGAAUGUUCUGAUUACUGGAGAGAAUUUGAAGAAUCUAACAAGAUUGUUUUUAGUAGGCACCAGCAGCUGCAAACCACAAGAAGUUCAAAUCAAAAAAGAAAAACACUGGAACGACACACAUGCGUUUAUCUCUCUGCCAGUUGCCAAGGAAGUCAAGCAAUUAUGUGUUCAAUGUGAAGGGAGGUGUCAACAAGGCCCAAGCAUCUUUUAUGUAUCACUGCCCACAUGUUCUGUGAAUGAUCCAAAUGUUGUGUGGCUCAGUGGUGGUCGAAAACUAUCACUGUCUGGAAAAAACCUGGAGCUUGUGGAUACAUUUAGUAUAAAAGGGAACACUUUUUACAAAGACAUUAAAUGUCAGGAGAACAAAACACACUGCUAUUUUAUAGCUGAGCCAUUAAGUGAAACCAGCCAAAUUCUCAACAUUAGUAUUCACGUUGAAGGAACUAUUGUAAAAUGUGGGACUGUACAUUCAAAGCCAGAUCCUGUGUUCACUACUUUUACUGCAAUCGAUGUCGGCGAUGCCAUUGAACUUAGUAUAAGGAAAGAAAAGGAUGAACUGCACAUUCGAGCUGAUGAGAUUCAAGUUUCUAUUAAUUCUAACAUAACAUGUAAAGUGCGGAAUAUAACAGAAUGGUCCGACCGGGAUAUAAUAUUCUGUAAAACUGAAAGGGGCUCCACCAAAAAAAUAGAUGUGACUAAAAUAGAAGUAGAGGUUGUUUUGGGCAACUAUACAAAGAAACUAGACAAAGUAUCAGGGACUUCCCUCUAUAUAUUUAUACUUCUGGUUAUUCCUCUUCUACUAGUUGUGGUUAUUGCUACCUGUGUAAUAACCAGGCGAAAAUCAUCACAGCUAAGUGAGCAACAGAGAAGGAAGUUGGAACAGCUAGAGUGCGACAUUAGACAAGAAAUACGUGAUGGUUUUGCAGAAUUUCAAAUGGAUAGAGAAAUUGUGAACUUUGAGGCAUUGGGUACCAUUCCAUUCUUUGACUACAAACAUUUUGCUUUAAAAACAUUUUUUCCCGAGUCUGAUGGAAACAGGCAGGACUUAAGUGAAAAAUUGUGUGAAAAUGUUCCUUCACCUUUCCAGAAGAAUCCUAGAAUUCAAACAGAUGAGAACGAUGCUGUAACUAUUUUGAAGAACUUAUUUCAGAACCAAGGAUUUCUAGUUCUGGUGAUUCACACAUUGGAAAAGCAGAAGGAUUUCUCAGUCAAGGACAGAUGUCUGUUUGCAUCCUUCCUGACCAUCACCUUUCAGAAUAAUUUGCUCUACCUCACUGGAUUGCUUGAUACAUUGAUUAAAGAUCUAAUAGAGCAAUCAAGCAACAAAAAUCCAAAGCUGAUGCUAAGGCGAACAGAAACAGUCGUGGAAAAGUUAUUGACCAAUUGGAUGGCCACUUGCUUGUAUGGCUUCCUGCGGGAAUCUGUGGGAGAACCUCUGUAUGGUCUUGUUUGUACCCUGAAUCAGAGAAUACACAAAGGUCCCAUAGAUGCAAUAACAAGUAAAGCCCUGUACACUUUGAACGAGGACUGGCUGUUAUGGCAAAUGACAGACUUUAGUAAUGUUGACAUUAAUGUAUAUUACCCAACACCAGAAAGUGAAGCUGUUGAUGAUGCCAGUCCAUGCAUAAAAGUAACAGUUCUGGAUUGUGAUACCAUCGGGCAAGUCAAAGAAAAAAUCCUUCAAACUUUCCAAUCAAAAAAUGGCUAUGCUUUUAGCUUCCCUCCUUGUGACAUUUGUUUAGAACUUCAUUAUGGUCAAACAUAUAAGGAGCUGUUAGAUAUAGAUGCCUCUUCUGUUGUGAUGGAGAAUGGUUUUAAGAGACUGAACACAGUAAAACAUUACAAGAUAGAGAGUGGCACAACAAUCAAAAUAGUUCUCAGAAAGAACUGUGACCCAGCUAAACAAUAUUCCAGCGAUUAUGUGCAUUUGGAACUGCCAGAAUUUGAAGAAAGUGAUGAUCUACAAAACAUGGGAAAUAAAGGCAAACAAAAGUUUAAAGUAAAGGAAAUGUAUCUGACAAAACUCCUUUCUACAAAGGUCACCAUACAUUCCUCUGUAGAAAAACUGUUUCACAGCAUUUGGACAAUCUCGCAAAAACCUCCUAUAGCUAUAAAAUACUUUUUUGAUUUUUUGGAUACUCAGGGAGAAAUCAGAAAAAUUUCAGACCCAGAUGUAUUGCAUAUUUGGAAGACAAAUAGUCUUCCUCUGAGGUUUUGGGUCAACAUACUGAAGAACCCACAAUUUGUUCUUGAUAUCAAAAAGACCGCACUUCUAGAAAGCUGCCUAUCAGUAAUUGCACAAGCCUUUAUGGAUGGAUUUUCUCUUACAGAGCAACAGUUAGGGAAGUCAGCACCAACAAACAAGCUGCUUUAUGCGAAAGACAUUCCGCAAUUUAAAGAGGAGAUCAGAUCCUUUUAUAAAAACAUCAGAGAUGCUCCUUCAUUGUCUUCCACAGAGCUGACAGAGUUUCUGACUUCAGAAUCAAAGAAACAUGAACAUGAAUUUAAAGAUGAUGUGGCUAUUUUAGAACUGUACAAGUACAUUGAAAAAUACAAUGAUGUGAUUUUAAGCAUUCUAGAAAAGGAGACAGGAUUUGACUCUGAAGUGAAGCAAUUGUUGAACCUUCAAAAAUUAAGCAAUAACAAGAAAAUGUGUUCAUGGGAAUGAAGAUGACUAACAAGAAUAAAAAUGUAAAUGGUCAAGCACACAGGGAUCUUAGGACAACCUCUUCUACCCUCCAGGAAAAGGCUUAGAAAAGCAUGCAGCCUUUAAAGAAACGUAUUGAUGUUCAAGGGCCAUAAUACAAAUGGCUAUGAAUGAAGGGAGAAUGACAGCUAACAUACCAAAUGUACAUUCUGAGGCGGUAAAUGAACUCAGUACAGAGACAAUAUUUUUUUUCUAAGAUAACCUUGAUUUACAUUCUGAAUACGUAAGGACCUGGGCAUUGUAUACUGCUUUCUUUUUUUUUCUGACUGAAUGCAUUUUCUGCAAGUACAGAAAAAUAGCGUUUGAUCCUGACAGGAAUCCAGUGUCUUUGUGUACUGUACUGAAAUCUCAAAUAAUGCUAUUAAACUUUCCAGUUCUCUUCUGUGAACUACAGAACAUCCAUAUGUAAUGCAAACAAGGAGAUGGGGAAGUGUUUGUAGUUCAGAUCAGGAGAGCAACCUAGGGUGAUAACACUGUUCCUUCAUAGAUAGAGUAUGGUGAAUGAGCAGAACGGGAAGUGUACUAUUGGCAAAAUCAAGGUUAAAAAAAAAAAAAUUAACCUUAAAAAAAAUAGAAAUUAAUGCAGUCAACUUCUAAAAGCUGAUAAGCUGCAACAUAUACAUUUUUUGGUUUUGAGCUUAGAAACACUGGAGGUGACCAUAGGCAAUGUAGAUCAUUUUUAUUAAACAUUUAGGUCUACAAUUACAUUGUUAUACAAUGUAUAACCACCUACCUCACCAUGUUAUUUCCGUUACAGCUACAAAUUGGUACUGUAGCUGAUAUGGUAUUUUUUAAGCUGGGUACACACUAGAAGUUUUUUUUUUUCAUUCAACCUAGCAGGCUGCACAAAAAAAACCUGACAGAUUGCCGUACUAACACAAGUGAUGUUAGUACAACGAUCUCCCCUGCUGUGCCUUUGUGUUCUGACAGGGGGAGUGUGCCCGUCCAGAAAACACUGGUUGCCAGCGCUGAUCGGAUGCUGGUUUUCCAGCAUGCCUGUUAGACUGGCUUCUGUAGAACAGACAGCUGUACACACGGGCAGAAAGUCGGCCUGUUCCCACCGAACUGACCGAUUUCGGCCAAUUUUCGGCCCUUUGUGUACAAGGCUUAGAUAGCUUUGGAUUACAUUGCUUACACUAAUUAGCAGUCAUUCUUCAUUUAGCAUUCUUGAUUGAUCUGACUACCUUCCAAAACACAGUGGUAUGCAAACAUAUGCAUAUGCAGAGAUCUUUAUGCAGCCUGUGCAUGGAUGGGCUCAUAGAAAAAACACAUUGGUUAUUAGGUUAGGAAAUGAUAUGCAAAAUCCAGUGACCUAUAACACCCAACUAGUUUCCUGGUCCUUUAGGUAGAAAAAACCUCCUGACAGUUACCUCACUUUGCACACUGCUCUUUGCUUAUUUAAAAAGCCUGAAUGCCUCUUGCAGUACUAGACAUAUCUUAUGCGUAUGAUUUUUACCAAUAAAAUGCUAAACAA